AUGAAGUCCGCCAUCGCCUUCGCCCUCGCCGCCACGGCCGCCGCCCUCCCAGCACCCCAAGCCGGCACCUCUGAGCCCCUCCGCUUCAGCGGCAUGGCCCUCCGCUCCGCCAGCCCCAUCCACUUCGGCAGCAUCAACGCCAACAGCCAGGCCUUCUACAUCGGCAAGAACACCACUACCCACUGCCCCGAGGACAGCGCCGCCAGCUCCGCCUGCGAGACCGCCAACACCAACCAGACCAUCUUCGGCUACCUCAACGGCCAGGGCACGCUCUCCCUCUCCACGACCGUCCCCGGCGGCCAGCAGGUCUACGUUACCGAGGGCGAUGAGGCGACGGGCCAGCUCGCUGGUCAGCUCAAGUUCACUCAGGCCCACAGCGCUGCUACCAGCGGCCCGGCGCUCUACGAUGGUUUCUCGAUUGUGUACGAUGCCCGCUUCCAGUUCGAGGGUAAUGACUGGUUGGCUUGCCCCGUUGAUGACUUCAACUCUGGCUACGGCAUCUGGGCUGCGAGCCGUGUGGAGGGCAGCAAUGCCGGCGAGGGAUGUCUUGGAUUCACCUGGAGGGUUGUUCAGCUUGACGAUUCGACUCCUUCUGCUUGGCAGUACGUGUAA